CCAUGAGGAUCUGCUGGCUCCUGCUUGCCAUUGGCAUCUGCCCUGGGAACAUAAACACACAGGACACAUGCAGGCAAGGGCACCCUGGCGUCCCUGGGAAUCCUGGUCACAAUGGUCUGCCUGGAAGAGAUGGACGAGAUGGAGCCAAGGGUGACAAGGGGGAUGCAGGAGAACCAGGACAUCCCGGCAGCCCAGGGAAGGACGGAGUGAGUGGAGACAAAGGAGAACGAGGAGCAGAUGGAAACGUUGAAGCAAAAGGCAUCAAAGGGGAUCAAGGCUCCAGAGGGCCCCCAGGAAAACACGGGCCAAAGGGCUUGGUUGGUCCCAUGGGAGAGAAGGGCCUCCAAGGAGAGACCGGCCCUCCAGGGCAGAAGGGGGGUAAAGGGGAGGUGGGCCCCCCUGGCCAAGAGGGCCAAAGGGGCAACACCGGCCCUUUGGGCCCAAUCGGUUUACCUGGCCCCGUGGGCCCCAUUGGAAAGCCCGGUCCCAAGGGAGAAGCUGGACCCGUGGGGCCCCAGGGCGAGCCGGGAGUCCGGGGAAUACGAGGGUGGAAAGGCGAUCGAGGAGAAAAAGGGAAAAUUGGUGAGACUCCAGUCUUGCCCAAAAGCGCUUUCACGGUGGGGCUCACAGUGCUGAGCAAGUUCCCGUCUUCAGAUGUACCCAUCAAGUUCGACAAGAUCCUCUAUAAUGAAUUCAACCAUUACGACAUAGCCACGGGGAAAUUCACGUGCCACGUCGCCGGGGUCUAUUACUUCACCUACCACAUCACUGUCUUCUCCAGGAAUGUCCAGGUAUCUUUGGUCAAAAAUGGGGCGAAAAUACUGCACACCACGGAUGGUUAUAUGAGCUCAGAGGACCAGGCCUCUGGUGGCAUUGUCCUGCAGCUGAAGCUCGGGGACGAGGUGUGGAUGCAGGUGACAGGAGGAGAGAGGUUCAAUGGCUUGUUUGCCGAUGAGGACGAUGACACAACCUUCACAGGCUUCCUUCUGUUCAGCAGCUAA